UUUUAUUUUUGGCUUGAAACUGGAUCUACUAAUUGGCAAUACACUUCUUUAAUGGGUCAAGAUAAAUUGACUGUACUUCAACAUUUUAAUUUAACUAAACUUUUUUUAUGUACUCGAGCAAAUCAAAUUCGAAGUUUAUGGAAUAAUUUUUAUUUACUUUACAAAGCAAUAAAAAAUUCCAAAACUAAUGCAGAACAAUUCUCUAAGGAUGCACAUGCAUG